AUGUCGACAGCACAUGACACUCACCAGUCGGACAUAGACACACCAAAUCUUACCUUCGAAACAAACGGCCUCUACAUCCUCGUCUCUGACCGCGGCGACAAGAGCUACACAUUCCACUGGCGCCUGUAUCUACACCAGUGUCCAACUGGGGCUCUCAAGAUAGGAGAGUUGGACCCGAUCCUGCACGCGCAUUUUCUCGAACGUCUUCACCAAGUCCCGAUCGUCGACUCGGUCCGAUUCCGCGAGAGAAUCACGUGCCGGGUUUGGCUUAAGGAAGCUCUCUUUGCGCUCGAUGACGAGGGAUAUAUUAUGCUCACUCGCAGUGUGGAUGAUAUUGAAGCUGAGGCAAGGAAUCUCGGGCUGCGGAAUAAGAGUUUGGGGAGGAGGACGGUUGUUCGGAGUUGUGGGAGCCAAGCUUGA